AUGGCUCCUCGCACCGAUUUCCCUCCCGUCCGGGCCUGUCUCUUUGACAUGGACGGCCUGCUCCUCGAUACUGAAGAUAUCUACACUAAGUGUGUCAAUAUCAUUCUGGAGAAGUAUGGCAAAGAUUCUCUUCCAUGGUCGAUCAAAGCCAAGCUCCAGGGCCGACCUGGCCCCCAGGCCAACAAGAUCUUCCACGACUGGGCUCAGCUUCCUAUCACCUCUGAGGAAUACAUUGCUGAGAACACCGCCCUUCAGAAGAGGAUGUUUCCUGAAACCAAGCCCCUCCCUGGUAUUGUCGACAUGCUCGGUCACCUUGGUCGUACCCGAUACUGGGAGGUUAAGGAGAACUCUACCGGCGAACCUCAUCGAGUCCACAUCGCUCUGGCUACCAGCUCUCACCUUGGCAACUUUCGCGUUAAGACAAACCACCUCGAGGAGCUCUUUUCCGUCUUCCCUUCCCAUCGUCGUGUCCUUGGAGAUGAUUCCCGCUUGACCCCUGGUCGUGGCAAGCCACUACCUGACAUCUUUCUUCUUGCCCUGAAGACUAUCAACGACAGUCUUCCCGCAGGCGAGCGACCUAUUACUCCCGAGGAGUGUCUCGUCUUCGAAGAUUCCGUCCCCGGUGUCGAGGCUGGCCGCCGUGCUGGCAUGCGUGUCAUCUGGUGUCCCCACCCUAUGCUCAAGAAGGAGUACGAUGGACGUGAGCCAGAAGUCCUUGCAGGACGUACUGGUGAGGCUGGAGAAGUCGACCUCCACCAGGUUGGUGAGAUUGACGAUGGCUGGGCUGAGUACAUGCUGAGUCUGGAAAACUUCCCCUACGAGAAGUUCGGUAUCGCCAUUCCUCCUGUGGAGGUUGAGCAGGAGGCUUGCAUGAAAGAAGCCACGGAGAAGGUUGUUGCUGAAGUCUAG